AUGUCAAAACUACCCCUCAAAGCAGCCAUCUUGGUUGUUUCAACAACGGCAGCUCGCGAUCCUUCAACCGACGCGACCACUGGUAUCCUGCAGGAUGUUUUUGACAAAGAUGGGGCCGGACAAUGGAACGUCGUGCAGACAAGCAUCGUUACCGACUCUAUCUCUGACAUCCAGCGCCAAGUGAUGUCAUGGACCGACGCAGCCGACGCAGUGAACCUGAUUCUCACCACUGGAGGCACGGGCUUUGCUGUAGAGGAUCAUACGCCCGAGGCUGUCGCUCCGCUAUUGCACAAGCAAGCUCCUGGGCUUGUCCAUGGCAUGAUCGCAGCGUCACUAAAUGUUACACCCUUUGCAAUGAUGUCCAGGCCUGUGGCCGGAGUUCGAAACGGGACUAUCAUCGUGACUCUUCCAGGCUCUCCAAAAGGGGCCAAGGAAAAUCUUCAAGCCGUUAUUAAGCUCCUGCCACAUGCUUGUGUUCAAGCCUCCGGGGCAAACUCUCGUCAACUGCAUUCUGGAGGAGUGAAAAAGUUGGAGCAAGAGGCUGGAGUUUCGGCCACUGGAAGCCAGCAAGGAGGCUCUUCACACCAUCAUCAUGAUCACCACCACCAUCACCACCAUCAUCAUGGUCACGAGAACCUAGUCCGACACACAAAGCCAGACUCUAACCCAAUGUCGAAUGACCCCAACUUGGGCCCAACUCGUCGACAUCGCGAAUCACCAUACCCAAUGCUUUCGGUUGACGAAGCCCUAGAGGCAAUCAAAACGCAGACCCCAGCGCCUACUAUUGAGACGCGCAAGGUCAACAGUGACCUCGUGGGUGCAGUGCUGGCAGAGGACGUGAAAGCAAAAGAGAACGUGCCGGCUUUCAGGGCCAGCAUAGUCGACGGGUAUGCUGUCGUCGUGCCCAAGGAUGGCAAUAUGCGUGGCGUUUUCCCCGUGGUCUCGGUCUCGCAUGCCUCUCCAGGUGAAGCGCCUCCUCUCAAGGAGGGUGAAAUUGCCAGGAUCACGACCGGAGCGCCCCUGCCGCUAGGAGCGACGGCGGUUAUCAUGGUCGAGGACACUGUGCUGAAGACCAAAACAGACGACGGGAACGAGGAGAAGGAGGUAGAAAUUCUGGCAGAUGGUGUCAAGCAAGGUGAAAAUAUCCGUGAGGUUGGGAGCGACAUAGAACAGGGCACUAUCGUACUACGUAAGUACGAACAGGUCUCAGCCGCUGGGGGUGAGAUUGGCUCGCUCGCUGCCGUUGGAGUCGAUGAGGUGCAAGUGUUCCGCCGUCCAGUCAUUGCGGUCUUGUCGACUGGUGAUGAGAUCGUUCACCAUGACCGGCCGGGAGAGCUACGGUUGGGAGAAGUUCGAGACACGAACCGACCGACCCUCAUCGCGGCUGCCAGGCACUGGGGCUACGAGGUAACCGACAUGGGCAUUGCAACGGACAAGCCCGGCCACCUCGAGGAGAUGUUGAGGAGCGCCCUGAGACAUGCCGAUGUCGUCAUCACCACGGGCGGCGUAUCCAUGGGUGAGCUCGAUCUGCUCAAGCCGACUAUUGAGCGUUCCCUCGGCGGAACCAUUCAUUUCGGCCGCGUCUCUAUGAAGCCUGGGAAACCUACCACAUUUGCCACGGUCCCUGUCAAGGACGACUCGGGCGAGCGGGUACAAAAGGUCAUCUUUUCGCUUCCGGGGAACCCUGCCUCGGCUCUGGUGACUUUCCAUAUAUUUGUCCUGCCGUCACUUCACCAUCUGUCCGGGUUGCAAACAGCUGGAUUGCCCAAGAUCCCCGUGACCUUGGCGCACGAUUUCCCGCUCGACAAGGCACGCUCAGAGUACCACCGUGCUGUCGUCUCUGUCGGGACUGAUGGCUUACUCUCUGCGAAUAGUACUGGUGGCCAAAGGAGUUCCAAGGUCGGAAGCUUGAAGGGCGCCAACGCGCUCCUGUGUCUCCCGAAAGGGGCUGGAUCGAUGAAGAAGGGCGAACAGGUAAUUGCCUUGUUAAUGGGCGCCAUUCACGGAAACACAUGAAUCAUCGCCUGAAGCGGCUGGAAGCCCGGCUAAUAGAUAACGUCAUUUUGUACAGGUGCAGACUAUAUCGUGUCUACUUUUAACAUGUCUUCCCAUGUGUUUCCUAUGCCGGCAAGGUAUCCUGAUGCAAAAACCCAAUUUCUCCCCUGCGCCACUUUGAAGGCAGAAGCCGACAAUCAUGCGGCUCGCUCAAUGUGAUGAUAUUCUGCUAUUUUACAUAAAGGCAGAUACUAGUUGUAUAAACGCACCUGUGCCACACACCUCUGCGAGAAACCCGCCCAUGAGGUUGCAGAAGCGACACGGCGGGUUCAGCGAGUAGUUCGACGGAGAUCCGUGUUGUUCAUCCGCUGCUUCCAAAGUCAAGAGCCUUGCCCGAUGUGAGCAGACCAACAAU